AUGGCUUGGGCAAUACCUCUCUUCCUUAUCACUACUCUUAUAUGCUCGGGUCCCGGUUUGAUCCUCAAUGCGGCCGAAGAAGAAGACUUCGAUGGUGUUAGUAGUGUUUGCUAUGGAAACUCCACCAAGAAGAACAAUUCUAAAAACCUCGAAUUCCAAAACAAUGUUCAUCUACUUCUAUCGGUUCUUGGAUACGAGUCUUCCUCGUUGCAUCCACCGUUAACGUUCCUCAACACCUCGGUGGGUAGGGUUUCCGAUAGGGCGUACGGUUCUUAUCUCUGUCGAGGUGACUUAAGUGUUCGACAAUGUCACAAUUGUUUAGUAAACUUAACAAAUUUCAUGUCGGCGUUAGAGAUCGACAACUCGGAAUGCAUAGGGUUUGGUCGGUUUCUUUGGUGCAUGGUACGUUACGCAAACACCCCUAAAUUUGCGGUGUAUGAAGAAGGGCUUGUGUUCAGCCACAACUCCAUAGGGGAAAAUGUGUCGGUGUCGGACUAUCGACAAUACAACGAGACGUUGUCGAAUACAGUACAAGGACUCAUUAUCGAAGCUGGUAAUGGAAAUAAUUGGGAUAAGACUAAUUUCGCGACAAGGGUGGUUGAGGUGACGGGAUCUCGUGAGAAGAUCUACGUGUUGGUUCAAUGUACGGCGGAUAUAUCUCCGAUGGAUUGCGGUAACUGCUUAAGGGAACUGUAUUCUCGUAUUCCAGAUUGUUGUAAUGGUUCUCAAGGUGGUCUUCUUAUCCAUGCUAAUUGUUUGAUGAAGUACAAUAAUCAGUCUUUUUUUGGCGUAGCGAACCGAGGUUUUCUACCUAGUUAUAUUCACAUGACAUUUUUCUUGUUACUUACCAUGUACUUCUCAUUUUUGUGA